AUGGAGGCCUUGAUCCAGCGAAUUCCUGGUGUCCCGGCACCCAUCCACAAAAGCUCAGAGAAUUGCUACGCCGACUCGCCAUUUGUGGAUGAAAUUGCUCUAGUUGAAAUGCCCGUCAAGUUCAACUUUCCAAUCAUGCAAAUGUUUGAUGGAACAACGGAUCCGACCGACCACAUAGCUCAAUACAAGCAACGGAUGUUCACUGCCGCAAUUCCUCGUGAAUUGAGGCAGCAAUAUGCUAGUAGCAGGAAACUUGAAAAGAUAUCAGAGGAUCUUUAUGCUGUGAUCCAACGACGUGACGAAUCCCUUCGAGACUACAUAGGUCGAUUCAACAAGGAGAAGGUGUCCAUUACAAAUUGCAGCACCCAAACAGCGAUCACCGCCUUUCGAAAGGGUCUUCUGCCCGACUCGGACCUCUACAAAGACCUCACCAAAUACCCUUGUAGAACAAUGGAAGACGUCCUCGCCAAGGCGUGGGCACAAAUCAAGUGGGAGGAAGAUCAAUACAGCCAUCACCGAUCUUCACCAAGCAGACACACUAGAAGAGAUUCCAGGGUGGAUAGACGGACGAGUGACAGGCGAUCUGAGCCUUACCCACCCCCACGACAAGAAUACAGAAGGAGACAGUAUGACCACCCUUACGAGUCACGACCACGUGAGAGGGCAAAUAUACCAGAAUACAACUUGUCUAUCUCACCAGCCGAGGCGGUCGAAGCUCUUAAGGGGCUCGGAGACAAGGUCAAAUGGCCAGAAAAGAUGAGGACACCAGCUGAUCAGAGGGACAAGUCAAAGUGGUGCGAUUUCCACGCUGAUCACGGACACCGAACAGAAGAUUGCAUCGCAUUGAAGUUAGAAGUGUCGCACUUACUAAAGCAAGGUCACCUGACUGACCUCCUUACCGACAAGGGACGUCAAACCUUGCAACAAGGCCAAGAUCGUCAGCAGAGCAACACGGAUGUCACCCCGCCUAGACCACCGCAACCUGAUCGAACGGUGAACGUGAUAACUGGCGGAUCAGAAGUUAGUGGAAUCACUCACUCGGCAGCCAGGAGACACACCAGGCAGGCUGGACAUUUACAAGCUGAACAUGGCAAAGCUGAAAGAAACGCAACCAUCCAGCCGGCACAAACCAUCUCUUUCACCACAUCCGAAUCCACCAGGCUACUUAAUCCCCAUCAUGAUGCUUUAGUAAUUUCAAUUUGUAUUGCAAACUGUUUAACCAAGCGUGUACUAAUCGACAAUGGUAGUUCUGCCAAUGUCCUAUUUUUGUCUACUCUCAGGGAAAUGGGAAUCGACGAAACUAAGAUCAUAAGGAAGAUGACCGUUCUCGUUGGCUUCAGCGGAGAGCAAAAAAGCACGCUUGGUGAAAUCGAGCUACCCGUCUAUGCUGAAGGGGUCAACCUAUGCACGCGGUUCCUAGUGGUGGAUUCUCCAUUCGCUUACAAUGUCAUUUUGGGUCGACCAUGGAUACACGAGAUGGGGGCUGUACCGUCCACCUACCACCAAGUCCUGAGGUUCCCGACAAAGUGGGGAGUUAGGGAGAUUCGAGGAGACCAAAGGGAUUCCAGAUCGUGCUAUCAAACAACGAUGAAAGCAAAGCAAGCUGUCUUAUAG